GGAAAGUGAUGCAAAUGAGAGGAAGUCUUUUUCAAACAAGAAAGAACAAGCACUGAUGAGUGAGCAAGCAAUAUAGACUCCCUUUACGACUGUCUGAAAUCUGAACAAACCAACAAACUCAACAGAAAAACAAUGGCGACGACCUCUCACGACCUCCCAUGGGAGAUAAUCACAGAUAUUCUGUGCCGAUUACCGCUGAAAGAUGUGCUGCGGUACAGGUCCGUAUCGACGUCCUGGUGCUCCCUGAUCGACGGCCGCGAUUUCGUCAAGCUCCACUUCAAGCACUCUCCAGAAUCGACCUCCCAACUCGGCUUCAUAUUCGGAGGCGCCAACGACCUCUGCUGGGCCGCCUUCAGCGAUCUCACCUCAUUCAUACGACUCACUUACCCGAUAGGCGAUGACAAAGGCAUCACCGUCGCGGGUAGCAGUAACGGACUGCUCGCUGUUAUGAAUUCCAAGGGAGAUGCGGCUAUUUGGAAUCCUUUCACGCGAAGUCGAAGGUACAUCAGUUUACCCAUUUCUGACCAUUUUGGUUCCUUCCCGUUCCAUUCAUUUGAAAUUCUCCUCACCGGAUUUGGGCACGAUCCGAUCACGGAGGACUAUAAGUUUCUAUUGAUGAUCGAAUUUAAUGGGAUAAUGGAUCACUCGUUUACCCGUGAAGUCAAGGUUUAUAGUCUUAAGGCCAGGAAAUGGAAGCGAAUCGAUCAUUUUCCUAGCAAUUACACUUACCUCCGUAACAAUGGCUUCCUUUUUGGAAAUGCUUUGCACUACUGGAUGGUGAAGGUGAAUCCGGAUAAUUGGGAUACCAUACUUGUGUUUGACUUGGUGACUGAAAAGUGCCAGGAGAUGGGGUUGCCAGAUUACAAUGGCCUGGAGACCUGUAGCUGCUUGAAGCUUGUGGAUCUUCGAGGAUCUUUUUGUGCUGUGAUGGUGCCGAAUUACGACCCUUCGCUUGAGAUAUCAGAACGGGUUGAUGUGUGGGAGAUGAAGCAGUACGGAGUUAAGGAGUCAUGGACUAAGCUGUUCUCCGUGGCAACUUCAAUUGCAACUGGUCCCUUCAACUAUUUGGUACCCAUUGCAUAUUUGCAGAAUGGUGACCAGGUUUUGCUGGAGCAGGAUGGUAAGAAGCUCAUUCUGUUUGAUAUGAAGACGAAGAGGGUCAUGAAAAGGGUGGGUUCCAGUUUUCCAUACAUUUGUGAUACCAUUGUUUUUGUAAAAAGCCUGGUUGGACUUGAUUCUGUACAAACAACAAGUUGGAAUAGUAAACAGGGGAAGAACAUCAAUGUCUUAGGGAAGAAGAAGCAAAGUGGUAAAAAAAGAGAUGAUUUCCUGUCCAAGGGUUUCAAACUUGUGUUGUAAAAGGCGGAUCUAUAGAAGAAGAUCUGAGGUUGCUGAUGCAAGGUUUUAACCAAGGGUUAACUGAUAUAGAUAGUAUGUAACAGUCUCUUCAGAUAUGGAGUCUAAUGAGUAAUAUGAAGAUAUGUCAAACUCGGCUUUAGGAUCACAUUAGCAGUGCAUCUGUUAUUAAAGCUUUACUUUGAUACCUGGCUUGUUUGUGGAGUGUCCUUAGGGAAGAUAUGGUAAAAAUGUGCUACUGAUGGUUUCAUGUCUUGGAAAGUAUUGCCCUUACUGCUAUAUUUGUAUAAGCAUUUACAAGAGAUUCCCCCCUAACAAUAAGCCCCAGGUAAAAUAGAAGGGGUAAUUUGAGUUUGCACCCUAUUUUAUUGUUCAAAUUGUAUUUUGC